AUGGGAAACAAAGUCAGUAACACAAGUAGGGAUCUCGACCGUAUCAAGAAUAAGCAACACCAAGGACAUGGUGAAAGCAAUUUAAGUAAAUGGAAAUCCUCAAAGAACCCAGUGGCGGAACCCCAGAGCAUAGAUGCAAAUCCGUCAAAACACGGAAAAGGGGCAGAUCCAGUAGAAAAUAACAGAAAACCGGACACUCAGGAAGUGGAGACCUUAAAGACUACCACAGUCAAGAAAAGCCUCGUACAAAAGGAUAGAGCGCAAGCAGAGAUCACGCAAGGUGGCGGACAACUUAACGCACCUAAUGAAUCAGGGAAUAAAGUAACAGGACGAAACACAAUCCAUGAGAACAACGAGACAAACAACGUGAACGAUGUUCAAUUUGUUGGUGUUGAAAGACAAAAGAUAAAACGUGUAUUCCUUGGAGGCAUAAGAGAAGGCGUUAGUUCAGAAAAGAUCAGAGAGUACAUGAUGAAAAGGAACAUAAAUCCAACAUUCGUACGCUUGAUGCAAAGCAAAAGGAAAGGAACAACAUCCGUUCGUAUAAACUUCGUCGCUAAAGAUUUCGAUGUUGUGAAAGAGACACCUUUCUGGCCUGACGGAGUAUAUGCUAGACCCUGGUUAUCGCUAGCUAAAUGGCAAGACCGUCUGUCCACGAAAGAACCACAACUCUUGGACAGGACACACAGAUCCAAACCGGAGACCAAUUCAACCUGA